CCCCCAAGCAAAAAUCAAUCUGCCAUUUCACAAUUCGCAGAGGGAAACCAAGAAAAACGAAGAGGAAAGCCCAGAAAUGGCAAUGGCGAUUGCUCUUCGAAGAUUCUGCUCUUCUUCUUCCUCCUCCUCCUCCUCCCUCAGACCUCUCUCCUCCCGCGUCUCCUCCGUCUAUCGGAUGUCUUCUGUGACGAAUCAAGCUGUAGGUGAAAAGGAAAAUUCACGUAUCACGUGGAUAAAACAAUUGAAUGCACCGCUAGAGGAGAUUGAUCCAGAAAUUGCUGACAUCAUCGAGCUCGAAAAAGCCAGGCAAUGGAAGGGACUUGAGCUUAUACCAUCUGAGAACUUUACGUCGACUUCGGUGAUGCAAGCGGUUGGAUCGAUAAUGACGAACAAGUAUAGUGAGGGGUACCCUGGUGCUAGAUACUAUGGAGGAAAUGAGUACAUUGACAUGGCUGAGAGAUUGUGUCAGAAGAGAGCUUUAGAAGCUUUUAAUUUGGAACCUACAAAAUGGGGAGUGAAUGUUCAGUCAUUAUCUGGAUCACCUGCAAAUUUUCAAGUGUAUACUGCUCUGCUCAAACCUCAUGAAAGGAUAAUGGCACUUGAUCUUCCUCAUGGUGGACAUCUUUCACAUGGUUAUCAGACCGACACAAAGAAGAUAUCUGCAGUCUCAAUUUUUUUUGAGACAAUGCCUUACAGACUGGAUGAGAGCACAGGGUAUAUUGACUAUGACCAGUUAGAGAAGAGUGCAACACUAUUUAGGCCAAAGCUGAUUGUAGCUGGUGCAAGUGCUUAUGCACGGCUGUAUGAUUACCAACGAAUUCGCAAGGUAUGUGACAAGCAAAAGGCUGUGAUGUUAGCUGACAUGGCACACAUCAGUGGGCUUGUUGCUGCUGGUGUCAUCCCAUCACCAUUCGAAUUUGCCGAUGUUGUUACAACCACAACACAUAAAUCACUUCGUGGGCCACGUGGAGCAAUGAUUUUCUUCAGAAAGGGGGUAAAAGAGAUUAACAAACAAGGACAAGAAGUGAUGUAUGACUAUGAAGACAAAAUCAAUCAGGCUGUCUUCCCUGGACUUCAAGGUGGUCCUCACAAUCAUACAAUAAGUGCCUUGGCUGUUGCAUUGAAACAGGCCAUGACACCAGAGUACAAGGCAUAUCAAGAGCAAGUUCUGAGUAAUUGCUCAAAGUUUGCAGAGACUCUUUUAGCUAGUGGCUAUGAACUUGUAUCUGGGGGAACUGAUAACCAUCUUGUUUUGGUCAAUUUACGGAACAAGGGGAUUGAUGGUUCAAGGGUUGAAAAAGUCCUGGAGUCGGUACACAUUGCAGCAAAUAAAAAUACUGUUCCAGGGGAUGUAUCUGCAAUGGUGCCCGGGGGCAUUAGAAUGGGAACCCCUGCUCUCACUUCUAGAGGAUUUGCUGAAGAAGAUUUCAUCGAAGUGGCCAAGUUCUUUGAUGCAGCCGUGAAGCUGGCUCUGAAGAUCAAAGCUGAGACUAAAGGUACAAAAUUGAAGGACUUUGUGGCAACAAUGAAGGAUGCUAACUUACAAUCUGAGAUUACUAAGCUACGGCAUGAGGUUGAAGAGUAUGCCAAACAAUUUCCAACAAUUGGGUUCGAGAAAGAAACAAUGAAAUACAAGGACUGAACAAGGUUCCCCACAUUGUAAGUUGUUGAUGGUGUUAAAUGGGAGCCGCUGGGAGGAGUUGAUUGCUUAAGCUGUAUAUGAUUUAGAAGGCUUCUUCUCGGGUAUUCAUCUGCAAGAGGCGGGCCAAUUUGACACGGGAUUACAUCAUUACUAAAAUUUGUAUAAAACAUUUUAAUCCCUAGCAAUGUAUGAAACUUUCAAGUUUCAAGAACAUUUGGGAUCAAAACCUUUCUUGAACACGAGAGAAUAGUUAAAAUGCCCUGCGUGGUAGUGGACUGUGUGACACUUUCUGAACCCUUCUUCUUAGAUAAUCUAUCUAAUCUGCAGUUAGAGCUUGGGGCGUGAAUUUA